GCGGUUACUAUGACGAAAAAAUUGAAAAAAGUUCGUUGAUGUCAUUGUUUUCUUAAUUUAUAACAUUUUUAUUUAUUUAUUCGUGUAUUUUAACAAUCAUAAUGGCGACAUUCGAUUUAAAUUCGAUUAAUUCAGCGCUUUCUGACUCAGGCAGGCCAAUCAGUGGUGUAGAUUUUUCUGGAAAAUCGUUAAAAUUGGACUCUGCAAACGAUGCAAAACCGAUUGUGGACGCAAUCAAUGGCUGCGCUGACCUCCAAUACCUCACACUUACGGGGAACACCCUCGGAGUAUCAGCAGCUGAGGCUAUCGCCAAGGCUCUGGAGCAUCACCCCGAGCUGAAGAUCGCACGGUUUUCUGACAUGUUCACCGGGAGGAUGAAGACGGAGAUUCCUCCAGCUUUGGCUGCCCUCGGAGAUGGUAUGAUAAAAGCAGGUGCUAGACUGAGCGUGCUGGACCUGAGUGACAAUGCAUUCGGACCCAUCGGUGUUGAGGGGCUCGCUAAAUUACUGCAGAGUGAUGUUUGCAGCGAGUUGGAGGAACUACGCCUAAACAACAACGGUCUAGGUAUCACCGGUGGUCGAUUACUAGCGAAAGCGUUGGCAGCCCGACCUCGCAAGCUGAAGAUAUUCAUAGCUGGUCGCAAUAGGCUGGAGAAUGAUGGGGCUACUGCGCUGGCUAAUGUGUUUAAGAACAUGGGCACCCUAGAAGAACUAUCGAUGCCUCAAAACGGGAUCUACCACGUCGGUAUAUCGGCGCUAUCGGACGCGUGUCGUCAGAAUCGGCGCCUGGCGCGGCUGAACCUCAACGACAACACUGUCGGCGCCAAGGGGGCGCGGGCCAUCGCUGAUGCACUGCCCAAUCUGAAAAACUUGAAAAGUAUAAACUUUGGCGACUGUUUACUGAAGAGUAAAGGAGCCAGCGCGCUCGCGAAGGCAUUCAAGGAUAAUUCUAUAUUAUUAGAGUCCCUGGACCUGAGCCACAACGAGAUCGGUCGGCAGGCGUGCAUGGAGGUGGUGGACGCCGUCACCGCGCUGCCAGACAGCGCAGACAGACUCAGCAGGGUCGUACUCGCCGGCAACAGUCUGGGCGGCGCCGGCAACAAGAAGACCAUGCGAGACAAGCUCGGCGCCUCGGCCGAACUCAGCGACGGAGAGGGCAGCGAGGACGAAUACGUGACGGACUCAGAAGAAGAAGGCUCCAACUCAGAAGAUGAAGCAGACGAUGAUGAUGACCAGGCGGGAGACGGGUCUGAGGACAGCGCCACUGAGGAUGCACAGCAUUUGGAUAGCUCUGCUGACUUCGGGAACAGUGUCACCUUGGAUACUUCAGGAGUGGAGGAAGUGGAGUCGGACGUGGGCCGGUUCCUGGCGCAGCCCACAGUGGAGAACUUGGAGAGACUGGGCCCCAACGCACACGAUGUCAUCGAUGCACAUCUACAGUCAAUAAAAGACCCGGCCUCGCUAAUCCAAGCGUACGUAGAUGCCACAUUCAGCGCGGCCGGGCUAUCGGAGCGGAGCGCGCUGGCCCGCGACGUGGCCGGCAAGCUGUUCCCCAUCCUCAUGGAGCGCGCUGGAGAACAACACGCCGCCGCGUGGAUACUCGCCAAUACUGUGCUUAGUGCGCUGGGGCUCAUUAAGUCAGAAGACAAGCACCGCCGCAUCCGCUGGGCGCUGGGUCCCUGCUACAGCUCCCUGUCCCGAGUCAUCGACGCCCCCUACUUCCACGCGCUGCGGGACACCAUCCGAUUCUUCGCCAGCAGUAAAAAGAACUCCAUCCCCUUCGCUGAAUGCCUGUGUCGGUAGAAUCAUGUUGGGAACUUGGCUUCCACAUUCAUUUCCAUGUUUUAUAGGUUACGGUAAAAUGGGGUGAAUAGAAACUCAGUUCGUUUUCAUAUUUUUGGUUUUAAUAUGUAAUGAAUUAAUAAACAAUAUUAAAAUGGUGUAAACAGUUCUAAAUUACGUGAAAACACAACAAAAUGUUGUUCCUAUUCACCCCCGAUUUGUUUCUAUUCACCCCGUUUUACGGUAUUCAUGUAGUUUUUUGAUGAGGUUACUCGAUUUGAAUUGUAUUGUAGUGUUUUAAGUGUGUGCUCGCCAUGCUUCGGCACUGCUGGGCCGGCUCGACCGGAGUGAUACCACGGCCGAGUAGAAAACCGACGUGAAACAACGCUUGUGUUGUGUGAGUGAGGUUACCAGAGGCCUAAUUACCACCCUUUCUAAUAUCCCCAAUCCCCGAUUCCCCAACAACCCUUAAAUUUCUAAUCUCCAAAAGGCCAGCAACGCACUUGUUACGCCUCUGGUGUUUCGGGUGUCCAUGGGCGGUAGCGAUUGCUUGCCAUGAUGCGGUAACUAGACAAUUUAUUGUGUUUCAUGAUGGGUAUAACCUGGAUGUCUUCAAGGCUCGAGUGGAUCAAAGUCAAAGUCAAAAUUAUUUGUUUUAAAAUAUACCAGGAAGUUUUGCAUGUCAAAGCAAAUGUAAUAAUAUUAAUAAUGUCUGUCAGUCGGUCAGUCCUCUAGUUGCUCUAUUUGCUCGUUCCAAAGUGUAGAUUCCUAUGGAGAAGAACGAGUAAGAAACUCCAUAGGUUACUCUUUUUCAAUCAGAUUCACAGUGUCCACUGCUGACCAAAGGCCUCUUCUCACACGGAGAAGGUUUGAGCAUUAACCACCAUGCUUGCUUAAUGCGGGUUGGCAAUUUGAAACUUAUAAUCAGAAAUUAUAAGCCCAGGUUUCCUCACGAUGUUUUCCUUCACCGUUUGUCAGUGGUGUCUAAGUAAUGUUAGAAAGUACAUAUAACUCGGAAAUAGUCCCAUUAGUACUUGCCAUAAUAUAAGCGCCUAGUAUGGCUACAAACUAGUCGAGCUACCUCGUCAAACAGUUACAUGAAUCGACCGUUAAACAUAAUUAAUUUAAUUUAUACCCGUUUCUAUGAACCACUCCUAAAUUUUAGGGGACCUCUUAGCUAAGAUAAGUCAUUUAACGACAUUCUUACUUUCAACCUAUAAAGGUACGCGUCCACAGGUCCGUAUCGUACGCAUCGUACGCAUCGGACUUUAGUUUGCUUGGACUUGUAUAGAAACUCAUACAACUGCGUCCACUGAUCCGCAUCGUACGGAUCGCAUCAUCGGCAAUGCCUACAUGCGAUGCGUACUGAUGACGUCAUACGGAAUGUGCGAUGCGGGCCUGUGGACGCUUACCUUAAGUGACACCUAAAAGUACAAAUAAGCAACUCUUAACUAAGAGACGGUUUAGGAGUGGUUGGUAGGAAUGGUUUAAAGUGUGCUGUGCAUACUUAGUAGUUUAAUGACUAUAAUAAAAUGUUACGACUUUUGCUA